AUGGAUAUACUUGAUAAUAUUGUUGAAACUGUACAUUCUUUGGAUGAAAGAUCUAGGGCUACAGGAUAUAUUAGAGCUGCUCAAACGUAUGAGGUUGCAUUCAUAUUAUAUUUGAUGAGAAAAAUUUUAGUAAUUACGAACGAUCUUAGUAAAUGUUUACAUAAAAAAGAACAAGAUAUUGCAAAUGCUAUGCUACUUGUUGAUAUAGCCAAGAGAAGGUUGCAAGAGUUAAGGGAAGAUAAUAAAUGGGAUUUGUUUGUUUCUGAGGUGUCUACAUUUUGUAUCAAGCAUAACACUAUGGUACCUGCUUUUGAUGAGUUGUAUGUUAACUCUGGAAGAUCACGGCGUAAACCUGCUGACUAUACUGUCUUUCAUCAUCAUCGUGUUGAAGUUUUUUGCAAAAUAAUUGAUUGGAAAUUGCAAGAACUUAAUGAUUGUUUUGAUGAGGUGACAACUGAGUUGCUUCAUGGUGUUGCUUGUUUGAAUCCGGUAGACUCAUUUUCAAGUUUUGACAUCCAGAAAAUAAUGAGAAUGGCUGAAUUAUAUCCUGAUGACUUUGAUGAACUUAAUAUGUGUACACUGAAGAAUCAGGUUGCAAAUUACAUUAUUGAUGUUCGUGACAUCGAUAAAAGGUUCUCCAAUUUAAAUGGGCUUUGUGAUCUUUCAAAACAAUUGGUUCAGACAAAAAAGCAUUCCUGUUAUCCUCUUGUAUUUCGUUUGGUGAAAUUUGCGUUGCUUCUGCCAGUUGCCACUGCAUCUGUUGAAAGAGCCUUUUCAGCAAUGAAGUUUAUUAAGAAUGAGUUGCGGAGUAGAAUGAACGAUGAAUUUUUGAGUGGUUGCAUGGUUCCUUUUGUUGAAAAAGAUCUGUUUAAUAACGUUUCAACUGGUGAUAUUAUUGUCUUUUCAAGUAAUGAAACCUCGUCGAGUGGUAUUGUAAUUAUAUUUUGUUGA